GUAUGCGCGUUUGCCCGACUGAUUCUGAGUGCGCUGAGCUUAAACGUAAAAACAUCGCGUUCCGUGUUUGUUGACGUUUGUUUUGAAAUAUUAUUUUGUGCAUUCUGUGACGGAUUUUAGUGACGUUCGAUCAUUUGGACGCAUAAUAUUUGAUGUUCAAGUGUACAACAGGUCGCCACGCCUUUAACCGAGCUGAUUAAACCAAGGAUUCAAGAUUUCGUAUCAGAUUCAAAUACGACCUCCCCAGCCGGCCGAUAAAAUUAGGUGAUGGGAUGAAGCACACUUUUUGACCAGAAUAAUCAUUUCACGGGUGUACCAACCAACAUGGCUGGACGUAAGAGACAUUGGUGAUUGUAUAAGAUGAGCAACUGUGAUCAGUAUCAGGCUGUUUUGUUGUUCGUUGAACAGACGCAGGAUGAAAUAAGCAAGGUGUUUGAGAAGGGAGCUCACGAACAAAAGUCGGAGCUCCCUUUGAAAAAGUGCAAUGAUGAGGUGUUUAAAGACUGUAACGACAGUAAGGACGAAGUGGAGGAUAUUUACGACAUUCUGAACGAGCAAUUACACGACAUCGAACUGCAAAUAUCCCAACUCAUUGCGAAGAAAAAGGUAAACGAGGGGCUCAACGACGACUACAACGGCUACAACGACUUUUCCUACAUUAAUACGAAAAACUUCAACGACAACUUGUUCACGAACAUCAUCGAAACUGACAUCCUAUCGGAACAUUCGCUAAAUAGUGAGGGUCACAUAAUCGACGCCUGCACCCAAACAUCACCAUCAUUAUCUCCAAGCUCGACCAACUUGACAUGGCCCACCGAAUGUUCAUCAUCGCCAUGUCUGACUUCGACGUCAGACAGCGAUCUUCUGGACGAAGACGCCCAGUCCACCUCCUCAACGGAUGGACGGGAACUCAUCUACAACAUGAACCAACGAUCCGGGAAGGUGCUCAAUGUGAAGUCUUCUUCGGCCCCCAUGCUGAAGAAGAUACCAUUAAAGAUGAGCAAGCAGACCCGAUCUCAGUCCGAUCGCCACCUAGCCGAAAUCGAAGCAGAAGAAGCAUGCAAAUGGCUGAGAGCAACCGGAUUUCCCCAAUAUGCCCAAAUGUACGAAGACAUGCAGUUCCCAAUCGACAUACAAACUGCUGGUCAGGAUCAUCCCCUUUUAGAAGAAGACGUGCUGAACUCCCUUUUCCGCCGAUUAAAAAUCUUAAACAAUUGCGCCCAUUUGCACCAUCAGCAACGCAUCACCACACAUACCGAUGAAUCCGAAGAUGAAUGCUGUGCACUCAGUGACAACUGGACGUACCAAUCUCAAACCAGGAGAUGGUCGAGGACUUGCAAGACUAUGCAAGCUGUGUCAGCUGGCCCAGAAGAGUCGACCACAGCAGAACCAAAAGAAAAAGACGACGUCUUCGACAUCGCCACCUUCGUCGCAAGGGAAAGACCGAGGAGACCAGCUUCAUCGAAGUUCAGGAGACGCGGCCUGUUCUUUAGUGAUCGUGAUUCAGUGCACGACAGUGAUUUUACGCAGUUAAGUGAGUUGAAAGCUUGUGAGGUUAACCAUGUGUCCGACUCGGAGAUAACGCCCACACAUCUGAGGAGGUCGAGGGCGAAGAGCUUCGACAAGAGUGAAACGUGGUCCCUACCCAACUCCCAAACACCAAGUCUUUGGUCGAAAACGGAAAUACCUGAGGUGGUACCUGCAAGUGCAGAUACUGAUGAGCCUUUAACGAUUUCGGGACCUCCGAUGUCCCACUUAACGUGUAUCCAAUUACAAGUCCUUCACAAGUUAGCUUUACUGAAGCUGACCGCUCAUAUUGAAAAGUACUGUCCCGCUCAAAGGACAGGCUGGAAUUGGGAGCUCACUAAGUAUAUUCGAAAAAAGAAAACGCCCAACUAUAAAGACAAACAUGUGUUUGGCGUACCCCUGACGGUAACUCUUCAAAGAACGGGACAAAUCCUGCCCAAAAACAUUGAAGAAGCCUUACGAUGGUUGCAAACGAACGCCACCGACCAGGUGGGCAUAUUCCGAAAGCCUGGAGUCAAAUCCAGGAUUCAAGCCUUAAGAAAUAUUGUUGAAUCUUCUCAAGAGAAUGUGAACUACAAUGAACAUCAGCAUUUUGACGUUGCUGACAUGGUCAAACAAUACUUCAGGGAAUUGCCUGAUGCCCUUCUCACCAACAAGUUCUCUGAGACGUUCAUAUUGAUUUUCCAAUAUGUUCCUAAGCAAUACAGACGAGAGGCUAUUCUUUGUUCUUUGUUGUUGAUGCCUGAUGAGCACAUAGAGGUGCUUCAAGCUUUGCUUUACUUCUUGCAACAAGUGGCCAAAGAGUCAAGCGUCAAUCAGAUGAAUGAAACCAAUUUGUCUAUGUGUUUUGCCCCAUCUUUGUUCCACUACACCCAAUGCUUCUCUAAACAGAACGCUGGGUCACCUCAUCCGAAGGAAAUAGCUGAAAAUAGAGCAGGCCACGAGUGUUUGGCUUACUUCCUCAUGAACUACGACAACUUGUUUAACCUUCCGAAGGAGUUCCUUGCUCAAUGCGAGGGCAAGCACACGAAGGUGGCGACCCUCAGCGAGCUGGGAAAGGAGUUCGGCGGCUACCAGGGCUUCCUGAACGAGUGCGAGCAAAACUUCCUCAAAGAAGUCAAAGACAAGAACCGUGGCUACGUCUCCAUAUCGGGCCACAACCCUAAGGUAGAAAUCUCAUACAAAAAAGUGAUGGACGGCAUCCCCCUGAAACUGUGGAAGGUGACGGCCGAAAUCGAGGCCCCACCCACGGAGAUCCUCAACCGGAUACUGUACGGCCGCCACAUCUGGGACCCGGAGCUGGACUUCACCAGGCUCAUCCAGCGCGUGGACGACCGAACGGAGGUGUUCCAGUUCAUACGGCGGAGCAUCAGUCCGCUGCCCAAGGAGGAGUACUGCGUGCUCAGGACGUGGAGGACCGACCUGCCGAAGGAGGCGUGUUUGGUGAUUGAGACGUCGGUGGAGCAUGGCGAUUGUAUUAAUAUUCCGAACACGGUGAGGGGUAAUGUUUACGCGUCGAGGUACUUAAUUGAGCCCUGCGGAUCCGGGAAGUCGAGGAUCGUGCACCUGUCCAGGGUGGAUACCAUGGGCCGAUCGCCCGAUUGGUAUCAGAACAACUACGGACACUUGUGUGCGUUCUUCAUUAGCAAUUUGAUGAACUCGUUCAGUCAACACGCUUCUGGGCCAGAAAGUAAAGUUUAGACAACCAAAGAUUUAUUAAUACAUUAUUAUAUAAUAAUAAUCCUUAAUGGUAAAGAUAACUGUUACUUACAAUAUUUAAAACUACAUAGAUAGAUAUGUAUAUUUUUAUAUACUAAAACAGUUUAUAAAUAUUUAAUAAAGAAAUUAUAUAAAUUUAUUCACAUACAUAUGUCAUAAAUGAACAUAUUUUGUUACUGUUGCAGAUUUUUAAAGUUUACUUAUGGGUAUUUUCUAACUAUUGCCAAUAUUAUAUUAAGUAUAAAAAUACAAACAUACACACUAGAAUAGUGACUAUAUUUAAGGAAGAUAUUUAAGUUAUUUUUUACUAAAAUUCGAACGUUUAUAUAAAUAUUUAUUCUUCUUUUUAGUAAAUACAUUCGAAAACAUGAAAGAGACAAAUCUUAAAACUAAUGUGUUUGUUAAUAGUAUUACUACUUGUAAAGACAGUGACAAGUAUUACAAUAAUUAAACCUGUCUGUGUACUUCUGUUUGAUUGUGUAUUUACUAGAAACUUAAAAGUGCUGUUAAUAUUUAAUACUUUGAUUUUUAAAUGAUAAUUAAAUAUAUAAUGCAAUAUAUCUAUUCCAAACUAACCACCCCAUCUCGGUUGGUUAACAUGGAACUCCAUUCUGUUCUGUAUGAAAUUGAAAAAUUCGGCAAAAUUCUACAAAUCUACUUGUCACAAUUUAUGCUAGUCAGAUAAAUUAUAGAAUUUAUCUACCUUGUUUUUAAUGAAUAUUAUAGGGGCCAGUAUUGUAAAAACAUCUUCAAAUUAGAAAUGUAAAAUAGCAAUUUUUAUAUGCAACUUGCUAAUUUGUUUAUAAUUUAUAUUUGAAUUUAAGGUUGCUAAGCCUAAAAUAACUGUUUAAUGUACAAUAAUAAAUAUUUUAUUAUGUA